ACCCGAGGCUUCUGUUUGCCGCGUACAGAUAGAAGAUAGAGGCCAUUGCCAGAGAGACCCAGCAACCAGCAACCAGAGAGGCCAUAGCCAAGUUCUUGCAAGAGAGGAAAGAAAUCGAAGAGGCAGAGAAACAGAGGGAGGCAGAGAUGGGAAGAAGAAGAAGCCCGGCUCUGCCGCUGCUGGUGAUCUUCGGCAUCCUCGCCGUCGUCCUCGCAGCUCUUCCUCCCCUCGCCGAAUCCAGCAGCAGCCACCACCACCACCACCACCAAGGCCACGGCCACCACUCCCGUGUCCAAAGCAGAGGGCACGGAGGAGAGGGAGAGCAGUCGUCCUCGGCGGCGGCGGCGAAGGCGAGGGGGAGCGCGUGGCCGUGCUGCGACAGCUGCGGCGGGUGCACCAAGUCGGACACGCCGCAGUGCCGGUGCAUGGACGCGGCGCCCGGCGGGUGCCACCCGGCGUGCCGGGACUGCGUCAAGUCCCCCCUCGCCGUGCACCCGGCCGUGUACCAGUGCAUGGACCGCGUCCCCAACUUCUGCCAGCGGCGCUGCAACGGCGCCGUCGCCGCCCACUGACCGUGACCGGCCGGGGCAACCGACCAGCUGACCAACCGCCCCACCACACCUACCGCCACCGGCGACGGACGAAUCUUGAUGGCAUCACGGCCCGAGAUGCCAGCCAGCCACUAUUUUUUGUUUUUGUUAAUUAGGCGCGGCUUGUCCUGUUGACUUGACUCUGUAACACGUAUGGCUUCUUGUGUAAAGUGGAGUAUAAAAACAAGCUGGACUUGGGUUUGUUUGA